AUGGCCAACGCCGAAAAGUCGUCUGCAGAUUUCAUUGAAGCUGCGAAGAGUAUUCUUGCUAGCGGAGAUGAGGGGGCCCGCAAACAGAUGUUUGGGGCGGCCAUGCAGGCAAUGGCAAUGUUGGAAACUCCGGUCGAUACAAUUUGGAGAAUUAUUAUGUCCCCGCACGCCCCUUCGGCACUGAUGACCCUAAUCAAAGCCGGUGUUAUCCAAGAAAUUGCGAAGACAGACUCUCCUUCAUCGGCCGAUCACCUGGCCAAGGCUACAGGCGCGGAAAGACUCCUGAUAGUGCGGCUUUUGCGACCCUUAAAUGCUUUAGGUGUCGUGAAAGAAGCAAGCCAGGAAGAAUAUGCCCCUACAGCUAUCACAAAGGCUCUAGUAGAUCGGGUUCUGCUUGGGGGAUACCAAUUCAUGUUCUCCGCAGCUACGCGAUCCUUGGCCAAUAUGCCGUUCUACUUGGAGAAGACAGGCUUCAAGAAUGUGGAGGGCGCGCCAGGUCCCUUCCAGGACGCGCACGGCACGCAGGACAACAUGUUCGAAUGGCUGAUCAAGGACCCUCCGAUGAUGGGCAAUUUCAACGCCUUCAUGACGGGCCAGCGCAUAGAUCGCAAGCAGUGGUUUGACUUCUUCGAUGUCGAUGAUAUCUUGCUCAAGGACGCCAAAACGGAUCCAGAUGCUACUUUGGUGAUUGAUAUCGGUGGCGGUGAGGGUCAUGACAUUGCUGAGUUCCACAAGCGGUAUCCUAGCGCGCCCGGACGGCUAGUUCUCGAAGAUCUUCCACCUGUCAUAGAUAGCAUCCAGGAGCUCACUCCGAAAAUCGAGCGCCACAAGCACGAUUUCUUCCAAUCACAGCCAAUCAAAGGUGCUAGAUGUUAUUACUUCCGCUCUAUCUUCCAUGAUUGGUCAGAUGCCGAGUGCAUCAAGAUUCUCAAGAACACAGCCAAAGCUAUGACACCAGGAUACUCGAAAUUGCUUUUGUCGGAGUUCGUCUUACCCGCCAGCAACACACCACUUUACCCCGCUUUGCUUGAUGUGAACAUGAUGGCUGUGCUCAACGGAAUGGAAAGAACAGAAGCUCAAUUUAGCAAGCUAUUAGAUGCGGCUGGGCUAAAGGUUGUCAAAUUCUGGUCCGUUGGUGCGGAAGUAGAAGGUCUUGUUGAGGCUGUUUUGAAAGACUAA